AGCAGAGAAACAUACAGUGGCGUUGAAGAGGAAUGGCAGGUGGGAAAUAAUAACGACCAUCUUUCUCCUACACAGUUGUUGUUGUAUUCGUCAUACAUCAAAACGCAAGAAGUAGAGAGAGAAAAAGGAAAUUAAAUAAACAAAGAAAGAGAUACACACUUGUACACUAGUCUUCGUUGUCUAGGGUUCUUCUUCAGAUCAAAAUCCCAAAAAUCCCUAAUCCAAAUUUUCUAUAAUAAUAAUAAUAAUUUGCGACAUUGUUAGUAUUGCCAUCAUCGAUUCAUAUCUAAAAAUAAAUCUAAUGUGUAGAUGUACUCGAGCAAUUUGAAAGGGUUUAUACUGGCAGUUGUCUCCAGUGCUUUUAUAGGCUCAAGCUUCAUCAUCAAGAAGAAGGGUCUCAGGAAGGCCAGCGUCAACGGCCCUCGUGCCAGUGUUGGAGGAUAUGGUUAUCUGUUGGAGCCACUCUGGUGGAUAGGCAUGGUUACCAUGAUCGUUGGAGAGAUUGCAAAUUUUGUAGCUUACAUUUAUGCUCCUGCUGUCCUUGUUACGCCACUUGGUGCUUUGAGUAUCAUUGUUAGUGCUGUGUUAGCCCAUUUCUUGUUGAAGGAGAAACUACAGAAAAUGGGAAUGUUGGGUUGUCUUCUAUGCAUAGUGGGUUCCACAAUGAUUGUUCUACAUGCACCUGAAGAACAGUCCAUUACGUCUGUUGAAGAAAUAUGGGAAUUGGCUAUCCAGCCAGCAUUUCUUUUGUAUACAGCCUCUGUUGUAGCGGUUGCAUUGGUACUGAUAUUAUAUUGUGCCCCCCGCUAUGGCCAGACCAACAUCAUUAUCUAUAUAGGAAUAUGCUCUAUAAUUGGAUCAUUGACGGUUAUGAGCAUAAAAGCUAUUGGCAUUGCAAUAGAACUAACACUGGAGGGCAUAAACCAGGCCAAAUAUUUCCAGACAUGGAUUUUUGCAAUGGUUGCAAUUACCUGUAUCAUCACUCAGUUAAAUUAUCUAAACAUGGCAUUAGAUACUUUCAACACAGCAGUUGUUUCUCCGAUCUAUUAUGCCAUGUUCACAUCUUUUACAAUAUUUGCCAGUGCUAUAAUGUUUAAGGAUUAUUCUGGUCAAAGUGCAAGCAGUAUAGCAUCUGAGCUUUGUGGAUUUAUUACUGUGUUAUCUGGGACUGCUGUAUUACACAGUACAAGGGAGCCUGAUCCACCUUUUAUAACAGAUCUUUACACACCAUUAUCUCCAAAAGUAUCAUGGUACAUCCAAGGAAAUGGUGAACUGUGGAAGCAGAAAGACGAGGAUGGCCAAACUUCGAAUUUUUUCACAUUUCUCCGGCAAGACUAUUUCAAGUAAAUAAAAUAUGCUGGGGGCAUUGAAGAUUUGAAUCUUCUGAAUCCUAUAGGGUUGUGCAGGUGAAAAGUCUGGUAAUUCUUUUUAUUAGGGAAAUUCUUUUUGUUUCUUUUGCCUAUCAAACAAAAUUAUUUAUCCAUUUCAUGCUGCAGUCUCAGUGACCAUUUAACUUA